AUGAAUCCAUUAACAUUAGUACGUGAAACAACAGCUUGGGUAUCAGGAUUAUCAAAGCAUGUUAAAAUUAAUAACGAAGCAUUAGAUAAAGAAUGUGAGGAUUUUUUAAAUAAACAUAAAAUUAAAGCACAUAAAGAAAUUUGGGCAGAUAAUUGGUUCCACUAUUGUGAUAUUGAUAUUGAAAAUAAAGAAUCAACAUUUACAGAAUUAACUGCAAAAUAUAUUUUAGUAUUGGAUACAUUAAACUUUUGUUUUUGGCCAGACUCAGAAUUUGAAUAUCAUCAUUUAGCAAGAGGUUUAAAGAAUGCAUUAAUUGCAAAUCCAAAAUGUUUUGAUGCUGAUCAAUUAAUUAAAGUUACAAGUGAAACUAUUCAUCAAUGGUUUGGUAAAGAUUUACCAAAUACUUCAGAACGUGUUAGAUUAAUUAGAGAAGUUGGUACUGUUUUAAUUGAAUAUUUUAAUGGUAGCAUUAAAGAAAUGAUUUUAUCUGCAAAUAAUAAAGCUUCAGUUUUAGUUGAUUUGGUAACAAAAUACUUUUGGGGAUUUAGAGAUAGUGCAAUUUAUAAAGGUAAACAAGUAUUUUUUUAUAAAAGAGCUCAAAUUUUCGUUGGUGAUUUAUGGGGUGCAUAUCAAGGUAGAGGUUUAGGUAAAUUUGAUGAUAUCAAACAAUUAACAAUGUUUGCUGAUUACAGAGUACCACAAAUUUUAGAAGAAUUAAAAGUUAUUGAGUAUUCACCAGAAUUAAAAGAAAUGAUUAAAAAUAAAGUUGAAAUUCCAGUUGGUUCAGAAAUGGAACUUGAAAUUAGAGCUGUAACAGUUCAUGUCGUUGAAAAGAUGAGAGAUUACUUUAAUAAAGGUCAUUGUGAACUUUUAGCAUUGGAAAUUGAUUGGAUGUUAUGGGGUAGAGGUGAAGCUAUGUUAGAUAAAUUACCACCACAUCAUAGAACUCUUACAAUCUUUUAUUAA